AUGACUUUGAGCGCGGGAGAUCGGGAGCGACUCGAGCGUUUGCUAAAACGAAAUAUAUAUAAACGAGACCACGCCGCGGAGCAAAUUACGAUUUUAAUGGGUCUUUCUAAUAGCACGAAAAGUGAACAUUCAGAUAUCACUAUAUUGCAACCGAGAUUAGACGAUCUUGAAAUAUUAAUCACAGACGUCCGUCUAUAUCAAGAUUCUAUUUUAGACACGUUGAUCGAACUUGACCUCGACAGCGAGUUCUCUACAACACACCAUCCGAUAGGAAAACUCGCAUUGGAGCAAUAUUAUGCUAUAAAAUCUAUAUGCAAUGAAAUUGGUAUAAUUAAUCAGAAUCCAGUUUCGACACCUAUUCCGCGAAAUAUUCAACUACCAAGAAUAGACUUGCCGUCGUUCGAUGGAAACAUACUACAUUGGCGAGCUUUCCGUGACACAUUCGUGUCGCUAGUGCAUGACAAUGAACACGUACCAACGAUACAAAAAUUCCAUCAUUUAUUGUCUGCCGUAUCGGGUUCGGCGGCUGCUACGGUAAAAUCGGUUCCGUUGGUUGAAGCUAAUUAUCCAAUUGUAUGGAAAAAUUUGAAUGAUCGCUUCGACAAUAAGCGUGUACUCUUAGGUGCACAUAUGGAUACACUUUUUCGGGUUUCUCCGAUAAAAACUGAAUCCCUCGUGGAGUUAAACCAUUUCUUAACUACGUUCCAGGAAAAUAUAGCGGCGAUAAAUGCCCUCGAAAUCGAUGAUUUCCCUGGUUUCUUCUUAUUCUAUAUCGCGGCUCGUAUAUUGGAUCCGGUAACUCGUCAAGCAUUUGAAUUUGAAUAUCACGCCGCUGAAGUACCUACUUUCGACAUGUUGGCUGAUUUCGUACGAAUUCGAUGCCAAAUGUUACAAAACUCAAGUUCAGUAUCAAGACCUAAUGAUGGACACAAAAAUCAUUUUAAAUCUAAAGUCUCAUUAACUACAUCGUCGACUUCUCCAGCAGUACAAUGUGUAAUAUGUAAAGGCAAACAUGCAGUGUAUCAGUGUCCAAAGUUCAUCCAGCAGAAUGCGAAACAACGCUUUCGACUUGUGAAAUCAAACCGGUUAUGUACAAACUGCUUAAGUAUGUCUCACAAAACGUCUGAAUGCGAAUCUACAUAUACCUGCCGUCAUUGCGCACUCAAGCACCAUUCUUUACUACACCUGGACACAGCACAAAAGAAAACAAAUUCCUGUCCUACGAAUAGCAGUAUUAACAUUAAUCAAUCGACAUCCACGCCCUCGGUUACAUCCGCACCAACCGUGUCUAACACAAUCGAUUGUAUGCCGUUUGUGGGGACGUCCAGCUCGAAAACCAACGUAGUACUGGGUACAGCUGUUAUCCGCAUACGUAAUAAUUGUGGACAAUUAUCGCCCGUUCGUGUGCUUAUUGAUACUGGGUCACAAAUAUCCGCCAUUACAACUGCGUGUGUGUCAAGAUUAGGAAUCAAACGUAGGCAUUGUAAUACCGCGGUAACUGGUUUGUCACAAACAUCAGUAUCCACAACAAAGGGCUCAACUAAUUGUACUUUACUACCACGUCACUCGACAUCACCAGAAAUUUAUUGUGAACCUGUAAUUUUGUCUAGGAUUACUGGACCCAUGCCGAACGUACAAUUGCCAGGUACAAUUCGUACCACCUAUUCACAUUUAACGCUCGCAGAUCCUCAUUUCGACGUACCCGGUCAGAUCGAUUUCUUGCUAGGCGCAGAUAUUUACCCAUAUAUACUAGGACAAUCUUGUCAAGUAUUACAUACGUUAAAUUGUCCAUCAGCAUUCGAAACACGUUUAGGGUGGAUAAUAGUGGGUCAAUCCUCUGCGGACUCACGUUCACCACCGGUCUCCUUAUUGUUGACACCGGAGCCGUCGAUAGACCAUUUAAUCCAGCAGUUCUGGGUCAUCGAAGAACCAGUACCAACAAAUAAUACGUUCACGACUGACCAACAGUGUGAAGACCAUUUUCUUCGUACAACAACUCGAGAUAGUACUGGUAGGUUUUCAUUAGCACUACCAUUUAGUAUCGAUCCAUCUUGUCUGGGCGAUUCUCGUGACAUGGCGAUAUCGCGGUUCUAUAAUUUGGAGCGUAAAUUAUUGAAAGACCCGCUGGUAUAUGAUCACUACCGCCUAUUCAUGCUCGAAUACGAAAAACUUGGUCACAUGAGAAUUGCUUCAAAACCAGGGAAAUAUUAUGUUCCUCACCAUGCAGUGGUGAAACGAGAUGGACCAAAAAUUAAACUUCGAGUUGUAUUCGACGCUUCUGCCAAGUCGUCUUCGGGAAAGUCGUUGAACGAUUUGCUCCAUGUUGGCCCCAAACUACAGACAGAUAUCACUGAUUUGUUACACCGUUCUCGUUUCAACCAAUAUAUAUUCACAGCGGACAUUUGUAAAAUGUACCGCCAAAUCAAAAUUCAUACAGAAGAUUGUCAAUACCAGCAUGUAUUCUGGCGUGCAACACCACUAGAACCCCUACGUGACUAUGAGCUUACGACGAUUACAUAUGGACUUACGUCAUCUCCGUUCCAAGCGAUUCGAGUGUUGCACGAAUUAGAACAAAACGAUGGACAUCGUUAUCCGACAACCGUUAAUGUUCUGUCAACACAAACCUACGUUGAUGAUAUUCUGACUGGCCGCAAUAGUGUUAUAGAUUUACUUGAACUACAAAAAGAAAUCACCGAACUGCUCGGCCGAGGUGGUUUUGAGUUAAAAAAAUGGUCGUCAAACUGUAAAGAAUUACUCUCUAAAGUUCCAAUCGAAGAUCAAGCCAAUAGUUUGUCUUUUGAUCCUAAAGACGAUGCAGGAGUAAGAAUACUUGGAUUACAUUGGAAUCCAGCUGCCGACACAUUUACUUAUCAUACGUCCUCCAUAUUAUCCAAUAUUCAUACCAAAAGAUCAGUGUUGUCAACAAUCGCUAAACUAUACGAUCCUCUUGGUGCUCUUGCACCCAUUAUAUUUUGGGCCAAAUGCUUCAUGCAGUUACUCUGGCAAGCGGGUCUCCAAUGGGACGAGCCAUUACCUUCAAACUUAAUUGACCUGUGGAAACAAUACGCGUCAGAAUUGCACAUGGUCUCGAAUAUAAAAAUCUGUCGCCAUAUUCCCACCGAGAAGCUCACUAGUGUGCAACUUAUUGGUUUUUCAGAUGCAUCGGAGAAAGGUUAUGCCGCCGUAGUUUAUUUGCGCACUAUUCACCAGGACGGGUGUAUACUAAUUCAUUUUAUUACUGCCAAAUCCAAGGUUUCACCCUCCAAGACUAGCAACACCAAAACCACGUUGACCAUACCACGCUUGGAGCUGUGCGGUGCAUUAUUAUUAGCACAAGUGCUACAUCGACUAACAAAUACAUUUCACAGUAAUAUAUUCAUCUCAGCAACACUAGCCUGGACAGACUCAACCAUAGUGUUAUCAUGGCUCACGUCACCUCAGUCGAGUUUUAAAAUAUUCGUAACCAACAGACUUGCAAAAAUCGCCGAAAUCCUACCAACGUGUCAGUGGCGACAUGUUGUUUCGGAUUCAAACCCAGCGGACUGUGUGUCUGUGUCUCAAGAGGUUUAUUCCCAUCACAGAUUCAUGACCAACAUUUAUAUUGGCAGGGACCUCCGUUUUUGA